AUGGAGGAGGUCAUUGCCGGGUUGGAGCGCCUCACCUUCGCCUUCGAGCGGGAUGUGGAGCUGCAGAGAGGCACUGGGCUCCUGCCUUUCCAGGGCAUGGACAAGUCGGCCUCAGCCAUGUGCGUCUUCUUCGCUAAAGGGCUCUGUGGGAAAGGGAAGCUCUGCCCCUUCCGGCAUGAGCAGGGUGAGAAGAUGGUGGUGUGCAAGCACUGGCUGCGCGGGCUCUGCAAGAAGGGCGACCACUGCAGGUUCCUGCACCAGUACGACGUCACCAGGAUGCCCAGGUGCUACUUCUACUCCAAGUUCGGUGACUGCCACAACAAGGAGUGCACCUUCCUCCACGUGAAGCCAGCUUCCAAGUCCCAGGACUGCCCUUGGUAUGACCAAGGCUUCUGCAGGGAUGGUCCCCGGUGUAAAUACCGCCAUGUCCCCCGGAUAAUGUGUCUCAACUAUUUCAUUGGCUUCUGCCCUGAAGGACCCAAGUGCCAAUUUACCCACCCCAAGAUGAACCUCGAAUUCAACCCGAGUUACACGAAGCUUGUCAGGCCACGGGACUCAGCUCCUCCUGAUUCUGGUGUGGAAUCCCACAAGCCCCCUUCACCAACUCCGGGCUCAAAAGCAGGGCCUGUGCUACAGUGUCGGAAAACAGGCCACGCUGCCGUGGGAUGCGGUGAGACUUGGCCACUAGAGGCUCUGAAGAACCCGAGGCCUGGGGAACGGCAGAUCCGGUGA